AUGGGCCCCGUCGCGGCCCCGCCGCCCCGUCGCGGGUCAGCCGCCUCUGAUCACGCGGCCCCGCCGCCCCUGCUACGCGGCCCCGCCACCCGAUCGCGGCCCUGCUGCCCCGUCGCGGCCCCGCCGCCCCGUCGCGGCCCCGCCGCCUCUGAUCACGCGGCCCCGCCGCCCCUGCUACGUCGGCCCCGCCGCCCCUACUUCGCGGCCCUCGCCGCCUUGCUCACGCGGCCCCGCUGCCCCUAUUACGCGGCCCCGACGCCUCUGCUACUCCGGCCUCGCCGUCCCUGCUACGCCGGCCCCGCCGUCCCUGCAUCGCGGCCCCGCCACCCCUGCUACGCCGCCCCGCCGCCCCUGCUACGCGGCCCAGCCGCCCCUCUUCCGCGGCCCCGCCGCCCCUCUUUCGCGGCUCCGCCGCACCUGCAACGUCGGCCCAGCCGCCCCUGGUCUCGCGGCCCCGCCGCCCCACCUGCAGCAGCCGAGCCGCCCACCUGCAGCAGCCGAGCAGCAGUGCAGCCGAGCCGCCCGGCACCCGAGCCGCCCUGCCGCCGAGCCGCCCGGGAGCCGAGCCGCCCUGCACCCAAGCCGCUCGGCAGCCAAGCCGCCCUGCACCCGAGCCGCCCGGCACCCGAGCCGCCCUGCCACCGAGCCGCUCGGAAGCCGAGCCGCCCAGCAGCCGAGUCGCUGAGUCGCCGAGCCGCCCUUCUGCAGAACUGCCCAACCUGCACUGCCCGUGUCCUAGCUUUUGACGCUGAGGGUCGAGCCAUUGACUUUGAGGUCUGGUUAGACGACCUGCAGUUGUUUUUACAGUGCGAUAGGGCAGACGGCCUCUCUCUCUUUGACCUCACUUCUGGCGCCUCUCCUGCCCCUGCUGCUGAUGCUGAUCCCACUCUGCGCUCUCAGUGGGCCACCCGCGAUGGUGCUGCACGUCUUGCUGUGCGUCGCCACCUCCCUACCUCUAAGCGCGCGCACUUUAGUCAGUACAAGAGUGCUCAGACCUUGUACGACGCUGUAGUUGCGCGCUACUCCUCCCCUGCCACUGCUGCACUGAGCCUCGCGCGCCUCCCUGACUCCCUUCGCGUAGUCAGGGACCACUUUCUCGCAGUCUGUCCCACCACCCUCACCGUCGACGUCCUCGAGAAGGCCCUCCUCGCGGCGGAGAAGAGCAUCGUCGCUGUAGGAGCUUCUCGUGGUGACCCUCGCACCCCCAUCAUUGAGGGGUGCUCUCCUUCACCCCUGCUGCCCUCUGUUGCCUCUGCUGCUGCUGCCGACCUACUUGGUCUUGAGUCGGUCGGCGCGGCGUCUGCCCCUAGUGGGAGACGCCGCUCUGGCAAGGGCAAGGGGGGCAAGGGCGCGGGUGGAGCUGGAGGGGGCGGUGGAGGUGGCGGUGGAGGCGGCGGAGGGAGUGGAGGUGGCAGCGGGAGUGGUAGCGGGGGUGGUGGUGGUGGUGGCAGCGGUGGCGGAGGCGGCGGUGGUGGCGGCGGCGGCGGUGGUGGUGGCAGCGGUGGAGGUGGAGGCGGCGGUGGAGGCGGAGGAGGAGGCGGUGGUGGCGGAGGGGGUGGAGCUGGUCGGGGUGGUACCCAGCAGCGGAGCGGUGGUGGUGGUGGUGAGCGCCCGCAGCAGCAGCAGCAGCAGCAGCGUUCGCGAGACAUCCCUCCACCCCAGCAGCUUCGUGAUUGGUACUCUCGGCGUCAGAGGGGUGGGGGUGCAGGUCCGUGUGCCUACGUCCUUCAUUUCGGCGACCGCGCGGGGCUGGUGUAG